AUGACAGAAUUUUCACGGUUGAUUCUUCAUGGCGACGAGAUUUGUAAGAACGAAGCUCUGAGGGACUCUGCUUGGAAACUAUUCACUUCUUUCCCAAAGACGCUAUUCGUGUUCAGAAUCGAGGAAAGUGGCGAAUUCAGAGAAGUACUCCUUUCUCUAAGAUCGCUGGUUCUCAACGAGCAGCUGAUCAGGCUUUACCCAGCUGUAUUUUUCAGCUUUUUUGCAAACUUUCCCAAUGAGGCAUUACAGGAGGCAACAAAGAUCAGCGGUUUUUUGACAGUCAGCCUGUGUAUGUACAACUCGUUUGUCUUUCUUCGGAAAGAGUGUCUGAACGGCGUGGUAAAUAUGGCUGCUGACUUUUCGCCUCUUCACUUGGAUUUCUGCCGCCAAGUUACUAACUUUGUCCGUGACUGUGUACUAUCUUCACCAGUGGAUCAGUUGAGAAGCUUAUCAAAGGACGUCAUUUCUUCGUGUACCGCAGAGUUACGACAAUUUUUGAAAAGUCAGCUGGUGAAACGACAGGGAAGAUAGCAAGAAUAUAUACUAGAAUGAAGAAAUUUCUGUAAAUUAUGAACUGGAUAGCGCAUGGUAUGCGGCUAUGUCAUUAAAAAUGUGAAUAAAAAAGAAAAACUUUUAAAAAGU